AUGCUCAUCUGCUUGGGCAGCCUGGUGGCAGCGGAGCCGGCGGGUUAUCCGAGUGCGCGUCCACCAGCUCCUAAGCCGCCACGACCGCCUGCACCACCCACACCGAAACCACCACCAGCUGCGCCUGCGCCGAAACCAGCUUAUGGAGCGCCGCCCAGGAAGCCACCGCCAGCGCCACCUGCUCCGCCUCGCGACAGCUAUGGACCUCCACCGACUAAUCAGAACUAUUUGCCGCCCUCGGGUGGUGGCGGCGGUGCACCAGGUGGUGGUGGUGGUGAAAGCAUUCCCAUUAUCAAGCUUGAGUCCAAAGUGAACACCGAUGGCUCCUACAAGUACGAAUAUGAAACGGGCAAUGGCAUCCAGGCCGAGGAGAUGGGCUAUUUGAAAAACGCUGGCGUCGAGGGCGCCGAGGCACAGGUGGCCGAGGGCUCCUUCUCCUACAGCAGUCCCGAGGGUCAGAGCAUCUCGUUGACCUACAUUGCGGACGAGAACGGUUUCCAGCCGCAGGGCGAUCAUCUGCCCACACCGCCGCCCAUACCCGUCGAGAUACAGGAGGCACUCGAUAAGCUGGCCGCCAGCGGCGGCUGUCAUGAUUGCGACGAUCAAGGUGGAGGCGGCGGCGGCGGUGGCUACGCCUAUCGCAGAAAGUAA